AAGUUGGGGAAAAUGAAGGCCCAUCGUCGAACUGCAAAUGAGAUCCAAGAGCUGAAGAAACUUACCAUUGAGGUCGGCAAGAGGAAUGAAAGGUACAAGGCUCGCGAGGAUUUCUCUAGGACUCGUGAGGCCUUCUGCAACACUAAUAAUGCAAUUUUUGACCCUAGAGCGCUUGCUAUAUUUGAGCAGGCCUCAAAACUCGUCGGAAUUGAUCAAUCCAAGGCUGAGAUAAUCCAACUAUUGACUGAAGAGGAUGGACGUGUGUCAGCAAAACAGCAACUGAAGUUGGUCUCCAUUGUUGGAUGUGGAGGAUUGGGCAAGACAACUCUUGCGAAUCAAGUGUAUCAAGUGCUCAAAGAGGAAUUCGAGUGUAAGGCUUUCGUAUCAGUGUCGCGAAAUCCAGACCUAAAAAAUAUCUUGAGAACCAUUCUCAGUGAAAUCAGUGGCCAAGCUUAUGCUAGCACAAAAGCAGGGAGUAUACAACAACUCAUCGGCAACAUCACCAAUGUUCUAGCACACAAAAGGUAUUUUGUUGUUGUUGACGAUAUAUGGGAUGUGGAUACAUGGGAUGUUAUUAAGUGUGCAUUCCCCAUAACAUGUUCUGGCAGUAUAAUAAUCACCACUACUCAUAUAAAUGAUGUCGCAGAUUUAUGUCGGUCAUCAUGCACUGGUUGUAUCUAUAAUAUGAGGCCACUUGAUGUGGUGCAUUCAAGGCAACUAUUUCACAGAAGACUAUUUGAUUCCAAUGAAGAUUGCCCGUCAAACCUUCAGAAAGUUCUUGAUGAAAUUUUGAAAAAAUGUGGUGGCUUACCUUUGGUGAUCAUUGCCAUAUCUGGUUUGUUGGCUAUCACGGAAAGAACAGAACAUAUGUGGAAUCAGGUGAAAGAUUCAAUUGGUCGUGCACUUGAAAGGAAUCCUAGUGUUGAAGCAAUGAUUAAGAUAUUGUCACUUAGCUACUUUGAUCUUCCUCCCCAUCUAAAAACAUGUCUCUUGCAUUUGAGUAUAUUUCUGGAAGAUUCUGUUAUUGAGAAGAGAGCCCUAAUAUGGAGAUGGAUUGCUGAGGGAUUCAUUCACAAAGAUGGCAGGUACACAACAUAUGUGUUAGGAGAGAGGUGUUUUAAUGAGCUCCUCAAUAGGAGUUUGAUCCAAGUUGCAUGGACAAAUGAAUAUGGUAAGGUGGAGAGCUGUCGAGUUCAUGACAUAAUUCUUGAUUUCAUCAUAUCGAAGUCCAUCGAAGAGAACUUUGUCACUUUAAUUGGUGUUCCGUAUAUAACUAGCGGGACACAAAGAAAAGUUCGUCGUCUCUCUCUCCAAGUUGAUGAGGAAGAAAAUCCAAUAAGAAAGACUCGCAUGGUAUUGUCUCAUGUACGAUCACUCAAUGUGUUCGGGUAUUCCUUGGAAAUCCCUCCUCUGAGGGAGUUUGGGCAUUUGCGUGUUUUGGACCUUGAGCUUUGCAACCAAGUGGAAAACCACCACCUAGCAAAUAUUGGGAGGUUGUUUCAGUGGAGGCACCUCAACCUCAGAUGGACAGAAGUAAGUGAGCUCCCAAAAGAAAUCGGCCAUCUACGUUGCUUAGAGAUGCUAGACAUAAGAGGCACUCAAGUACAAGAAUUACCAUCAACUAUUGUGAAUCUCGGAAGAUUGGUGGAUCUGCUUCAUGAAAGUAGUGUCAAGUUUCCAGAUGGAAUUGAAAAGAUGCAAGCAUUAGAGAUGUUGGGAGAGGUCAAUGUCUGUAGGCAGCCAUUUAACUUCCUGGAAGAACUUAGACAGCUGCAGAACCUGAGGAAGCUGGUCCUCAAUGGCUCUGUAGAUAGAGUGAAAAAGGAAGAGGAGGAGAAAAUUGAUUUUACUGUUUGUGGGGGGUGCUUCUUACUAGAGCGAUCUUUGUGCCCUGUUCCGCUUAGCCUCCAGGAAUUCAUCAUGAGGGGAUCGCAUCUGAAGCAGGUUCCGGAUUGGGUGUGCUCCCUUGUAAACCUCCAGUUGCUGCGCCUAGAAGUGGAGAAGUUCAUUGAGUCAAAUUUGUAUAUCCUUGGAAACACCUUACCUACGCUGCUCAUUCUGGAACUGACCGGAAUGCGACAACAUAGAUAUCCAAGGUUCACAGUUAGCCACAAAUUUGGGUUCCGAUGCUUAAGGAAGCUUUAUUUGGAAGUAUGUAAAUGGAUUGUGUUUGAAGCAGGAUCCAUGCCUAAGCUGGAAAAACUCGAAAUUGGAGUUUGUUUCUCAAACUCAUCCGAUUUUAACACAACUAGUGGUAGUGGUGAUGCUUUUGAUUUAGGAAUGGGAAACCUCCCCUCCCUCACUAGUCUCAAAUUUGCAACAUCUGCAUGGGUUGAUAGCAGUCUGGCGGCUGCACAGGCUGCUAUGGAGAGAGCGGCUGGUAGGCAUCCCAACCGCCCUACUCUAAUCUUUCAGACAAUCCGCCUAUAG